AGCAGCCGGUGCCAGCUCGUAGGCACCUCGGGGCUGAGCGCUUUUUCUCUCGGCCGGUGGCGCGGUGCUUUGCGGUUGCCGUCAAGCGCGGCGCUGGGCCGGCGGGCGGGGGCCGAGGGGCUGCCAUGGCGGCGGCGGGCCGGCUGCCUAGCUCCUGGGCGCUACUGGCGCUGCUCCUUGUGGGGCUCGCGCUGCUGGGAGUCGGGCCGGUCCCGGCCCGGGCGCUGCACAACGUCACGGCCGAGCUCUUUGGGGCUGAGGCCUGGGGCACCCUGGCGGCCUUCGGGGACCUCAACUCCGACAAGCAGACGGACCUCUUCGUGCUGCGGGAAAGAAAUGAUUUAAUCGUCUUUUUGGCAGACCAGAGUGCACCCUAUUUUAAACCCAAAGUAAAGGUAUCCUUGAAGAAUCACAGUGCAUUGAUAACAAGUGUGGUGCCUGGGGAUUAUGAUGGGGAUUCACAAAUGGAUGUCCUUCUGACAUAUUUUCCAAAAAAUCAUGCCAACAAUGAAUUAGGAGCUGUUAUCUUCUGGGGACAAAAUCAAACAUUAGAUCCUAACAAUAUGACAAUACUCAAUAGGACUUUUCAAGAUGAACCACUAAUUAUGGACUUCAAUGGUGAUCUAAUUCCUGACAUAUUUGGUAUCACAAAUCAGUCCAACCAACCACAGAUACUAUUAGGAGGGAAUUUAUCAUGGCAUCCUGCAUUGAACACUAAAAGUAAAAUGCGAAUGCCACAUUCUCAUGCGUUUAUUGAUCUGACUGAAGAUUUUACAGCAGAUUUAUUCCUCACAACAUUGUCUGACUCUAGUACUAUCCAGUUUGAGAUAUGGGAAAAUUUGGAUGGAAACUUCUCUGUCAGUAGUGUAUUUGAAAAACCUCAAAAUAUGAAGGUGGUUGGGCAGUCAGCAUUUGCAGACUUUGAUGGAGAUGGACACAUGGAUCACUUACUGCCAGGCUGUGAAGAUAUAAACUGCCAGAAAAGCACCAUCUACUUGUCGAGAUCCGGAACAAAGCAGUGGGUUCCAGUCCUACAGGAUUUCAGCAGUAAGGGCACACUCUGGGGCUUUGUGCCAUUUGUGCAGGAGCAAUCAACUGAAAUACCAAUUCCAAUUACCCUUCAUAUUGGAGACUACAACAUGGAUGGUUAUCCAGAUGCUCUUGCCAUAUUGAAGAAUACAUCUGGAAG